AUGCAUGCACCCCGUCGCCGCUGGGCUGCUGGCGGCUGGCGGCUGGCGGCUGGUCGUCUUGAAGGUGGAAAGACUGUUUCGCCAUGCUUGCCCAAGACACGAAUCAAAGGCCAGCAAGCCGCCGAAAUCUGUCGUCGUUGA